AUGGCCCCCAAUGCAUCUAUCAAUAAAGCUACGAAUUUAUGGGUAUCCCGGGUCAUUCCACUGAUCCUAAUCGGACUUGUGGGAUAUGUGUCUUGGGUCGAGAUAAAGCUGUUAUGCGUGGACUACCUCCUCAGACCUUCCACCACCCUCCACACUCCUCGCCCCGGCCCAGCGAUUGGCAUCCUUGUCAUAUACUCUGUCCUUCUACUCCUCUUCGUCUUCACCUAUGCCCGCCUUCUCUUUACCGUUACCGUCACUCCCGGAUACGUUCCACGCUGCAGUCAGUGGCGUGCUCUGCGAGAGAGCAAAACGAAAGCGAAGGGACGGCGCAAUCAACGCCAUAGGAAAAGAUCCAGCCAAAGCUCUAACGGAAGUACUGGAGAGAAUGCUGGAGGGGAAAGCGCAGAGAAUGGAAGGAUCUCUGGCCACAAUUAUGGGGGUGGGGCAUCCACAGCGCCUACGACUACAGAAGCAGCGCCUGGCCUCCAGGACUUCUACAGCAGGGAUGCAUUCGUCUGCCAAACAGACGGUCGCCCCAACUGGUGCUCUACCUGCUUGAAUUGGAAACCAGACCGAGCGCACCACUGCCGUGAGAUUGAGCGAUGCGUUCGCAAGAUGGAUCACUUCUGCCCUUGGGUCGGAGGGGUGGUCUCUGAGACGUCGUUCAAAUUUUUCAUCCAGUUCGUAGGCUGGACUGCAAUCUACUGUGUCUUCAAUCUCACCGUUGCAGCAUACUUUCUUGCGGAGUACAGAAGAGAGACCCACUCUCUUCAUGUCCACUGGCUGGUCGUUGUAUGCUUGGGCGCUCUGUUCGGUCUAUUCAACCUAGGCAUGACUGGCAGCUCCCUCCAGUUUGCCCUCAUCAAUACCACGACCAUCGAAAACCUGUCAAGGAGGACCCUAGUCUGGACACUGGCCAUUCACAUGCCAAAGCCUCCAGAAACAUCGAUCGGAUUUCGUACCGUCUCCUUCUCAACGGCGACGUUGACUACAGAGUCUGACGCGCCUGCUGAAGAACAGGCAUCAGGCGCUAUAAAGACCUUCGCGAUCCUGCAUACUAAGCCUGGAGAGAACCCUUUCGACCUCGGGCCAUAUCAAAACUUCAAAACUGUGAUGGGAGAUCAUUGGUACGACUGGUUACUGCCGAUCAGGUUUAGCCCAUGUUGCAACCACGAUCGGAGAGAUGGUCAAUUUGCCAUGGGUCCGGUCGUCCAACGAAUGCGGGCUGAAGCGGGUAUCGCCAGUGUAGAAGAAAUUAGCGAUGAGAAAAUGCAUAGAAAGCCGAAGCGCAGUAGACGGCAGUCUCAUAGAGCUAGAGCUGCAGUUGCCGCACCGGAAACAGACAGCAAUCAAGACGAGAAGAAAGGUCGUGAUACGGGACACAACAGAGAUGAGGCUGACGAUAUUGAUCUAGAAGCCGGCCUUGGACAUACAAAUGGGCAUGUACAUUAA